AUGAACCAUGUUACACAAAAGAAGGGUAAGGUCUUCUUCAUUGAUGGUCCAGGAGGCACACGGAAGACAUACCUUUAUAAAGCCUUGCUGGCUAAAGUGCGGUCCAUGGGACUAAUAGCCAUCACAACAGCAACAUCAGGCAUCGCGGCUUCUAUUAUGCCCGGUGGCAGGACUGAGGAUGAUGUGCUUCCAUUUAAAUUCACAAGAAAGCAAUUUCCUAUUCGUCUUAGCUUUGCAAUGACAAUCAAUAAAGCUCACGGUCAAACAAUUCCAAAUGUUGGCAUCUACCUUCCAGAACCUGUAUUUUCUCACGGUCAACUUUAUGUUGCUUUGUCUAGAGGGAUAUCAAGGCAAACGACAAGAAUACUUGCCAAGCCAAACAAGGAUAUCGACCCAUCAGGGAAAAGUACUAAAAAUAUUGUCUAUAAGGAUGUUUUGAUGUGA